AACGUUGCCAUUGCAUCCGCUUUAGUAGCUUUUUGGCUGUAGCGGCUGUUGUGCUGUAGCAUCGGUUAAUAGCAGUAGAUAACCACCGAUUGGAUGUUUGCUCUUGGUUCACAGAUUUGCUUCAUGGCAAAGCGGUGAUCUGUAAACCGGAGUGCAGCGAAACAAGCUAUGGCUAAAUCUGCCUAUGCGAAAUGUGAACUCGGUCAGCAACUCGGUUGAGGAGCACAUAGUCAUUCGUGUGUUGCACUUUCCAAUAAAACAAUGUCAUCAUUAAAGCGCUGCUUCUCAGAGAAGCGCAUUGACGAUUCCGCGGUUAAUCCUGUAAUUAAAAGGAUAUCUUCGAGAGUUCUGCCUGGUGCCUUAACACCUGCGAAUAAAGAUGCUGUUGACUGGGACUUCCAGUCGCUGCUGGCGUAUGGUUGUCACAAGCACGUAGUUGUUAUCGACACAAGGUAUACACAGGUCUUCCAGACUCUUACCGGGCACAAGCACUAUGUGACCAAGGUUAACUGGUCCCGCAACUUGCAUUACCACGACCUGGUAAACCCAUAUCAUCUGAAGCUGGCCAGUGCAGAUACUUCUGGCACAGUGCUGGUGUGGGAUGUCUCCCUGGCUACAGUUCGCAGCACCCUCGUGGAGCCGGAUCGCACACUUCUCGAGCUUGGUUGGCUCCUAGGUGGAGAUAACAAUCACCACCUGCUGCUUGCUCUCUACUCUAUGGGAACCCUGGUUCUCUGGCAUGCGGACACUGGUGCCCAAGUCUGGAGGAAGUGCUAUACUGAGCCCCCAGUUUCAUUCUCCUUGGACCCAUUCUGCGAAAGCAGAGUUUUGUUUUUGGCAGCUGACCAUCUGCUUCUUGUGGAGGACCUAAAUGGGCAGCAGGCACCAGCGGGUAGCGGCCACAAGUGGUCUCUGUGCAGUGUGGCAUACAGCCCAAGUGAAGAGAAGAGCAAGCCCAGGAGUCGGCUCAUCAGUGGAGUCAAGUCGCUCAUACGCACAGGAGACAUCCGAACAGGUAUCGAAGAAGCGCUUCCCCUCAACGAAUGUUUGCAGCUAUGUUAUCAUCGAGCAGUACGGCACCAGCUCUUCCUAGUUUACCCAAAAAAGAUAUUUGUUGUGGACACUGAAGUGCAGCAGGUGUUGGGCAUCAUACCUUUGGAGCGUAAUGGUUCAGCAUUUGUGCGCUGCCAUCCGUGCUGGGAGUGUGACUUCCUCUUGUGCCUGCACGAGUCUGGUUCUGUUAGUGCACGCUAUCGACAUGAAGACAAUGAGUCACUAGCUGGAGAGUUGGAUCAAGCAUCAGGAUUGAUUACCUACGACACACUCUGCAUAUCUGAAGCUCUGCGAUUAAGUAAGCAUUCCAAAGUGAAUGGCAUGGCUGUGUGCCAUAGUAGCCAGUGCAAGGUGGCUCUUCUUCUGGGUGAUGGUCGCAUUGUCUUCCUGAAACUGGCCUUUACUGGGAAGGUUUCAGUAGUUGAGCAGACUGCAAAAUUGACCUCAAUGAUGAAAGGCAGCAACACUGGCACUUUGCGCCUUUUAACUACUGGACUCCUAGAGGCCCUGGCUCCUGGACCGCACCUGAGUCGCAUGUGCCCACCAGUAACAUUUGGCAACUGGAGCACCUACAGGCCCUUGCUGGCUGUUGGGAACACAACAGGAAGUGUACAAGUGUUCGACUUGUCUUCUGGCACUUUGGAGAAAGAGCUCAAUCUGCAUGCCACGCCUGUGAGAGGCAUCGAAUGGGUGAGCCUUACCUCAUUUCUGUCGUUUGCCUAUGCCAACCUUAUUACGGUUGGCAGCAAAGUGCGGAAUGAGAUCGUCCUCACCAGCAUCCAGUCAGGCCGAGUGCAGCAGGUUCGUGCAGAUGCCAAUGAGGAGUCUCCAGUAACUUGCAUUAAGGUCUCCCACUUGAAACAGUACUUUGUAGUACUCUUCAAAGAUCAGCCUUUUGAACUGUGGGAUCUCCGAAGCUUGAUACUUCUACGAACCAUGCCAGACAGCUUUCCCUGUGUAACAGCAUUAGAGUGGUCUCCCCUGGUGAGCAGCAAAGCUCAACUUCGCGCACGUCAUCUGGCCAAUCCCAAGGAUGUGGAGCCCAUUUUUGCCAACUCAGCCACAGAACAGCUUGAGAGACAGCUGGGACAGCAGGCAGCCAGCCCGCUGUUACGGGAGCAACUGGUGUUCACCGACACGGAGGCCCAGCUGUAUUAUUUCAGCGUUGAAGGAAAUGUUGUUCGAGACUGCACUCGAAACCCUCCUGAGGCAGGAAUGGCCAGUGUUACAAGCAUCGCCUGGAAAAGUGAUCACAUCGUACUUGGUGAUGCUGAGGGUACACUCACAGUCUGGGAUCUCAAAGGCAAAGUAUUGAGGGCUCUCCCAACUCAGCGUGGGCAUGUCAAGAAACUGAAAUUUGCACCAGGCAAGGGGAACAUGAAAAUAUUGGCCCUUUUCACGGAUGGCAUCAGUGCCUGGGAUGCUCAAGAUGUGCAGCUGUUUGUGCAGGUUCGCUGUCCCCAGGACUUGCCUGGCAUUACUGAUGUUGACUGGGCCAAGUCUGACAAGCUGGUUGUGGCUACUUCUGAUGGCUGCAUACGUAUCAUGGACAUGGAAAUGAAAAGCUGCUCAUCACCUGUUUCCAACCACCUACAGACCAACCGAGUGCCCUUUGUUCCUCAGUUGCUGCCACCGAAGGCUGCCCUGCAGCUCAAGUCCUUGCUCCAACACCCUGACAUGGGGCCUUCGACAGUAUCUUCACCCCUGCCUGAAGAAGCCAGCCUUCAUGAGCGUCUACAGCAAGCUAGCCUCCAGUGCAAGGCUCCCAGCAAGGCUGGCGUCAUCGAGCGGAGUGUAGCUGUGUCCAGCUGGUUUGGAGAUGAAGAAGGAUUCUACUUCUGGAGUGUGACUCAGUACUACCUCACAAAAAAGCAGCGAAAUCUCAGCACAAGUGCGGACACGUCAUUGCCACUUUGCUACGAUAUGCUGUGCCCUGAUGCUGAGUAUAAGACCUUACAGCUCAAGCGGCUGCUUUUUCAUGAGCGACAACGCAUGGGGCACAGCCACACGCAGCGAUGCGUGUGCCGGUUGCUCCUGCUGGGUCAGGCUGACCAGGCAGUACAGCUGCUGCUUGAAACUGAGCCGGCUAGUGAGCACUUCUACAGUGAUUCACUGCGGGCUUGCUUGGUGGCAUCCCUCAAAACUGAGAGCAAAGCACAGUCAGUUGUGAAGCUGGUGGCCACCAACCUGAUCGCCAAUGGCCGCACAUGGGAUGGUGUCCAGCUGCUAUGUCUCAUUGGCAAGGGUCUUGAUGCCUGUCGCUACCUUCAGGCAGCUGGCCAAUGGGAGGACUCAGUUUGGCUAGCAAAAUGCACUCUCAGUGAUGCUGCUAGCUGCGAGGUUAUUAGCAAGUGGGCAGAGCAUUUGAUCCAGCUGAACCAGAAGGGGAAAGCGGUGCUCGUGUUGCUGAGUGUGGGCCAGUAUGCUCGUUGUCUCCAGACUCUCCACGCUGCGCGAAUGGUGGAAAGAGCUGCCCUCUUCCUUGAUGCUUGCUUAGAGCAUGGAUCGCUGCCACGAGAACACUCAAGCCUCUUCCAAAACGUGUGGCUGGAUUAUGCUAGGUAUCUUCACUCCUUGGGAAACAAGAGAGCCAGCUUGCACUACUGUUCCCUAGCUGGAGAAGCAGCAACCGACCUGCGCAAAGAAGUGGAAAUGCUGCUGGAUGAGGAGGAAGGCCUUGCCAUUUCUGAACGGGAGCAAGAACCAUAAUAAAACUGUCUGCUGUAACUGCA